AGCGAGAGCGUAGGGAGAGAAUGCGGGAGCCAUGUGGAAAGUGCUUAUCCUGGCGGGUGCCAUCGCGGAGGACUGCUUCGAAUCCUUCGAAGAAGAUGCAGGCCUACAUCAGUUCAGCGUGGGUUUGCCCAACACAGACGAGGACCUCUUCCGCUACUAUGCCAUGCAGUGUGUGCACAAUGGCGGCCACUUUCUGCUUUAUCGGUCCUCCUUGCGCAGCACCCUGAAGCUUGCAGAGCAGGGUUAUUGGGCUGCUGUGCUCCAAAGCUUGGAGCAAAUGAGCGCGGAGGAGAUCUAUCGCCUGGAGAAUCUGGGCAUUUGCGCACCCAGGCAUUGCUCCGAGGAGGAGGAACUUGGCCUCGGCUGGCGCUUCUUGGCACGGAACGUGUUGCCGGAGCUGCAAGAGUUGACGAACCACGGUGGCACCAUCUUGGAGAGGCUGACCACGCAGCUGGAGGUGGAGACGAGCUCCGCCACCGAGCUGCUAAAAACAGCCUUGUCUGGGUGGAUGUCGGGCCGGGGCAGUCCCGAGCGCUGCUUCCAGCAGGUGAUCAACAGCUGCGACUUUCAACGCUCGCCUUUGGAACCGGCCAAUCCACCUGGCCGCCUUGCCAUCGCAGUGGUUGGGCUGUUGGCGCGGCUUGCAGAUCCCGCAUCUAUCAUGGAGAAAGUGGUGGCUCCAGCCGUGGCCAAGGGCAUGGACGUGGAUUUCUAUGUGUGUUUGGGCCUGACCUUGCCGUUCUUCCACUCCUGGUGGCAGAACCCCUUGCCCAACCCUGCCAUGGUGAACGCCAGCCUGGAGGAGGUGCGGGACCAGCUGGUGACCCAGGCCCGGAGCUUCGGGGUGCGCCACGCCGUGGUGACGUUUCUGCCCAACGACAUCGAGGUCCGCAAGCCCAGCCGACCUGGGCCCUACCUUGGCCGCAGGUGGGAUGGCACCCUCCGCGGCUUCCUGAGAGUGAGACAGCAAAUGGAGCUGCUGUGGAACUUUAGCAUUGAGCCUUUCACAUCGGUGGGGGGAAGCUACAGCCAUGUCAUGUACAUCUUGGAGGACUAUUCCAUGGUGGAUGAAGUGGACCUGUCGCUUUUUCCAGAUCCAUGGACUGUUUACAGUCCCAGAUUUGGAGUGCUCUGUGAUGCCUACAGGGACCGGGCCAACCUCGCCCGGCCAAUAAACACGAUGAUGAUAGUGGGUGGCGAGGUUGCAAAGACGUUGCUGUCAUCGGUAUACACACAGUUCUAUGCCGAUGACAAGCAGGACCUGGUUGCAACAGCGCAGUCGGUCGAGCACUACGUUCAAUUGCACGCAGAGGCCAAUGGAGUAUCCUGGGCCUUUGUCCCACAGAAUUGGUUGCCCGGAAUGCGGGUGACCUUCACGCUGCCUGAGCCCGACGGAACGCCCGUCCCUUGCUACAAGGCCGGGCAAAAUCAUGGAUUGGGAGGGACAUCGGGGAUCUGGUCAUCCUGAGGCAGGCAACGCAGAAACAGCGAGGAGGGCAAGGGAUCAGUGUGUGGACCUGAGCAAGCUGAAGUACGCCUUUUGCGAGGAUUUGCGGAACAAGCAGUUAGAACUUAGUUCUUAGUCUCCUUUGUCGAUCGGCGCGUCCGGAUAUCGGCGUGUCAAGAUUGGCUUGAGCGCCGAUAUCCUUUCCAGGGAGCUCAGGGAGGGAUAUCGGCGCGGUUGGAUAUUGAUGCGUCCGGAUAUCGGCGGCGCUCAUCGAAUCGAAGGCCUAGGGAGGGAUAUCGGCGUGUCCGGAUAUCAACACGUGCACCAAUCAUGGAG